ACGCUCUUGCCAUUCUGCGCGCGUACAUCUUCCAAACGUUUGUCAUCUCUGGCGAUGCCACCCUCCGGAAACUCGGUGGGCACUUGAAAAUGUGUAGAACGUACCCAUGUACGAGUACAGUAUACUCUCUGUAUAAACCUGUCCGCAGGUUGAUAUAUUAUGAACAGAUGGGUCUACCCUGUUGUUCACCCGGACUAGGGAUUCCUCAUAGUAUCGUGAGACAGGGCAAUCGCCAGCAGCACUGCACCGGACGGGAUUGACGCGACGGGGAGCGUGGCCAUGUCUAUCCGUCGGAGCCGGCAUGCCCUCUCCCUCCUGUUUCCCAUCCCCCGUCUCCCGUCUCCCGUCUCCCGUUUCCAAGGAGAGUGGACGGUGGGACUCUCCUUCACCUGGAUUGGAGAGAUGCACAGUAUUUUAGAACUACAACUCGCCAACUCUAUUAGCUAAUCAUCCUAACCCUUCACUUGCCCCUGCUACCUUGUUGCCACCCUGUCUCAACGGC